UCAACUCCAAAAAGAAUUUACUGCUGCAUGUAUUUUACGUCAUUUCGCAACGUCCAAUCAAAAUUAGCGACUACCGGUCUCUUUCACUUUGCACGCCAGAACACCAAGGGCGGAAAAAUGACCGACAAUACCGUGACACCGACCGCACACGGUCCUAUUUCAAACCUCUUUGCCAGAAGAUUACAAUGUGCAGGCGGGGCAAAAGAGGAUUACAGCUGCGAGUUUGGAUCCGCUAAGUAUUUUGCUCUCUGUGGUUUUGGAGGCAUCCUCAGCUGCGGAAUUACACACACAGCAGUGGUACCACUUGAUCUGGUCAAAUGUAGAAUUCAGGUAGACCCAGCAAAAUACGGGAACAUUAUCAAUGGUUUCAAAGUGACAAUCGCAGAGGGUGGUGUGCGUGGACUCGGACUGGGAUGGGCCCCAACUUUAAUUGGCUAUUCCAUGCAAGGACUUUGCAAGUUCGGCUUCUACGAAGUCUUCAAGAAUCUGUACUCCAACCUUCUUGGAGAGGAAAAGACUUUCUUGUGGCGCACAUCCCUUUACCUGGCAGCCAGUGCUUCAGCUGAGUUCUUUGCUGACAUAGCUCUGUGCCCCAUGGAGUCAGUGAAAGUUAGAAUGCAGACAAAGCCUGGCUUUAGCAAGACACUGCGCGAAGGAUUCCCAAAAAUCAAGGGAGAGGAAGGAUGGAACGGUUUCUACAAGGGUCUUGUUCCACUGUGGAGCCGACAGAUCCCUUACACAAUGAUGAAGUUUGCUUGCUUUGAGAGGACCGUCGAGGCCUUGUACAAGUUUGUUGUGCCCAAACCCAGGUCGGAAUGCAACAAGGCGGAGCAGCUUAUGGUUACAUUCACCGCUGGUUACAUUGCCGGUGUUUUCUGUGCCAUUGUGUCUCACCCGGCUGACACGAUCGUCUCCAAGUUGAACAAUGAUGCUGGUAGCAACUUCGUUGAUGCAGCCAAGUCUCUAGGCUUAAAGGGAAUGUGGAAGGGCCUGUUCCCCAGGAUUAUCAUGAUUGGUACCCUCACUGCUCUGCAGUGGUUCAUCUAUGACAGCGUGAAGGUCGCUUUCCGCCUGCCCCGCCCACCCCCGCCAGAGAUGCCAGAAAGUCUGAAGAAGAAGCUUGGUGUCAAUUAACAUGACAGUAUUCUAGAAAACUUAUACAUACUUAAAUAGAGUGGAUAGUUAUUGACACUUAUUUUGAAAUUUUUAGAACAAGCAUUAUAUUGUGAAUGAAAAAAUAGGAAAUUGUUAUCAAUGUAUUUUUAAUGAAGGAUAAAAAAUAUAAAUUAUGAAAGGACCAUUCAAAAUUUGCAGUUAUGAUUUUUGUUUUGGAUUUGUGUGGCUAAUUUUUUUAUAAAAACGUUAACAAUAUUUUCGUUUUCAUUUAUUUAGGACAGGAUUUUGAAUUUUCGGGAUAAACAUUUUACCUUGUUACUUUGUAAUAUAUUGUUGAACACAUAUUUUCAAUAGUGUGAAACUAACAUGUUUGAACUUAGAAGCUAACCAUAGGCUGUAUGUACUACUGAAAUGAAUUAAAUGGCAACUAGAAUUGCACUUGACCGAUCUUGACGGAAUUUGACACGUUUCAUCUAGCACUGCAUUUGACCCAGGGCAUCUAGAACUGACAAGCACUUGUGUGAUAGUGUGUUUAUAUUUAUAGUGCUUGGAGUUUAAAUUCAAACAAAACAGUUUUAUUGAAUAAACACGGAAACAUA